UUGUUGGGCGCCUCCAUCGCCACGUUGCUGGUUGUGCUGGUGGAGAGGCGCAGGUGGCUGAGCCAGUGCUGCCCUGUGAGCUCCCUCCCCACAGGAGCCUCUGCAGGACCCCCGACUCGUGAGAAGCUGGGAAGGGUGUAGCCCUGCAGCCUGCUACAUGCUUCCCAGGUGGGAGAACACCAACACACCUUCAGUGUUGGUGUCCUUUGAAGAUGUGGCUGUGGACUUUACCCAGGAAGAAUGGCAGACAAUGGACAAUACUCAGCGGGCCCUGUAUAGGGAGGUGAUGCUUGAGACCUAUAACAAUCUGCUGUCCUUGGGGUACUCCAUGACAAAGCCUGAUGUGAUCUUCAAGUUGGAGCAAGAAUCAGUACCAUGGACAGUGGAGAACUCUGUCAAGCAGAGACUUCCAGAUCCCCAUGGAAAGAAUGAGCUGUUUGGAGCUAAUCGGAAAGGUCAAGAAAUAAUCUUCAGGCAAGUUUUAAUGUAG